AUGAAUGGAGUCCCUGAUGACAUUAUACGUCUUCACCUUUUUCCAUUCUCACUCUGGGAUAAGGCGAAGUCAUGGUAUCAAACUCUACAGCUGGGAGCCAAUCCAGUAUGGGGGGACCUGGCUGAUCUUUUUCUGCGAAAGUUUCAUCCUCUCGGGCUUACCUUGAAGCUAAAGAUGGAUAUUCUCCAAUUUCAGCAAUUUGAUGGAGAGACGUUGGCGGAGACAUGGGAGAGAUACCAGGAGAAGCUCAAGAAGUGUCCGAGCCAUGGAUUCGAUGAAAGCACGCAAGUAGUUAUGUUCUAUAACGCUUGCGGGGAACGCACCAGGAUGUUCAUGGACACAGCUGCAGGUGGUUCCUUACUUAAAAGGGGGAGUUCAGAAGCUAUGGAAAUCAUAGAGAACAUGGCCACCACAUGUUACCAAUGGCCAUCUGAGAGAAUUCAGCUGAAGAAAGUUGCAGCUGCUUCCAGCCUUGAUCCUAUGACUUUAUUUGCCACUCAGAUAGCGGAGCUGACUUCCAAGAUAAAUGCCUUGACUACUACUAAGAUGGAGCCAGAUGUGGAAAAUCCGAUGAUGAUGGAAGAGGCAAAUUUUGUCAACAAUGGGAAUUUCCAGCGUGGCUUCUAUAUCACUAAUGGAGUCAUAAAUGAGGAGAAGAAGCCCAACCUAGAAGAGCUACUAAUGAAGUAUAUAACCAAGUCCAAUGAGAGGAUGGAGAGGAUUGAGUCUACAACUGCUGUGUUGGGUACUCAGAUGAAGAUGUUCGAGACCCAAUUGGGUCAAGUGGCCAAUGCUACUAGCAAUCUGCACCAGUCAGGAAAAUUCCCAAGUAAUACCACAGUGAACCCAAAUGAGCAUUGCAUGGCAGUUGGAUUGAAAAGUGCAGCCACAUUUGAAGGCAGUCAUAGAUCUUGUGAGAUGGGGGAUGAUCCAAAGAAAAACCAUGAGGGGAGUCGACGUGUUCCACCUCCAUAUCGUCCUCCCUAG